UCGUCGUCCCUCUCCACGGACGUCUGUGCCGUCGGGUCGCCAGGGGACUCCACAUCUAGUUUAUCACCCUCUCCUGGGGGAGGACCCAUCAAGAAAAACACCCCAGGUAAAUUUAUGAUAUCAUGUGUUUUCAACGUUAUACCAACAUGCCCUUUACUUAAAAUGUUCAGUGAAACGCUUUACUGUACAUCGCUUGCUAUAAAUAAAAUACUUUUUUUUUUUUAAAUAAAUAAAAACGAAAAAAAAGCUCUUUAAAACUGUGCCUGACACAACACUUACGUGUCCCCUAUAUUGUCUUCAUGAUUACUCUGUGUUUAACAUAUCCCAGUAACGUCCCCAGGAUGACUAUAGAUGAGUUUAGCAUUUCCCAGGAAUUUCCCCAUGCAGGAUUACUAUGUGUUUAACAUAUCCCGGUAAUGUCCCCAGGAUUACUAUGUGGUUAAUAUGCCCCUGGUUUAGUCCUAGGAUUACUAUGUGUUUAACAUGUACAUGGUUUUGUCCCCAGGAUUACUAUGUGCUUAACAUAUCCCGGUAAUGUCCCCCGGGAUUACUAUGUGUUUAACAUAACCCUGGUUUCGUCUCCCGGAUUAUUAUGUGUUGAACUUUUCCCCCAUAAUGUUCUAGGAUCACUAUGCGUUUAACAUAUCCUGGUUUUGUCCCCAGGAUUACUGUGUGUUGUGUGUGGAGACACUUCCAGUGGCAAACAUUAUGGGAUCCUGGCAUGUAACGGAUGUAGUGGAUUCUUCAAACGGAGUGUCAGGAGAAAACUUAUUUACAGGUGGGUCGAAUGGGCAGGUGGGUUGUUGUAGGGAAAGUUGUGUUGUGUAUACACUUGGAUAUUAUGGAGAGGUGAGUUGUGUUGUGUGUACAUGUGGAUAAUAUGAAGAGGUGAGUUGUGUUGUGUGUACACGUGGAUAUUAUGGAGAGGUGAGUUGUGUUGUGUGUACACUUGGAUAUUAUGGAGAGGUGAGUUGUGUGGACAGGUAGAUCAUAAUUGACACGUGGGUCGUAUAGAGACGUGGGUCUUGUGGAGAGGUAGGUAGUAUUGACAGGCUGCUCGUGUAAACUGAUGGGUCGUGUGGAUAGGUGUGUCGUGAGACUAAGUGGAUCGUCAAGUUAGAUGGGUCUUGUGUGUCACAAAAUUUAAACAUUGAUCAGAUAUGUACAUAAAGGUAAUUUCGACGUCAAUAUAUAAGCAUACGUCUGAAUGUUUCUAGACUAUUUGAUGCGAUGUCUGGGCAGUGUUAGCAACAUUAAAGACCUUUGGGCACUGUUAGCAUCCUUAAAGACCUUUGGGCAGUGUUAGCAUCCUUAGAGACCUUUGGGCACUGUUAGCAUCCUUAAAGACCUUUGGGCACUGUUAGCAUCCUUAAAGACCUUUGGGCACUGUUAGCAUCCUUAGAGACCUUUGGGCAGUGUUAGCAUCCUUAGAGACCUUUGGGCACUGUUAGCAUCCUUAAAGACCUUUGGGCACUGUUAGCAUCCUUAAAGACCUUUGGGCACUGUUAGCAUCCUUAAAGACCUUUGGGCACUGUUAGCAUCCUUAGAGACCUUUGGGCACUGUUAGCAUCCUUAAAGACCUUUGGGCACUGUUAGCAUCCUUAAAGACCUUUGGGCACUGUUAGCAUCCUUAGAGACCUUUGGGCAGUGUUAGCAUCCUUAGAGACCUUUGGGCACUGUUAGCAUCCUUAAAGACCUUUGGGCAGUGUUAGCAUCCUUAGAGACCUUUGGGCACUGUUAGCAUCCUUUAAGACCUUUGGGCACUGUUAGCAUCCUUAAAGACCUUUGGGCACUGUUAGCAUCCUUAGAGACCUUUGGGCACUGUUAGCAUCCUUAGAGACCUUUGGGCACUGUUAGCAUCCUUAAAGACCUUUGGGCACUGUUAGCAUCCUUAAAGACCUUUGGGCCCUGUUAGCAUCCUUAGAGACCUUUGGGUAGUUUUAGCAUCCUUAGAGACCUUUGGGCACUGUUAGCAUCCUUUAAGACCUUUGGGCACUGUUAGCAUCCUUAAAGACCUUUGGGCACUGUUAGCAUCCUUAAAGACCUUUGGGCACUGUUAGCAUCAUUUUAGCAUCCUUAGAGACCUUUGGGCACUGUUAGCAUCCUUUAAGACCUUUGGGCACUGUUAGCAUCCUUAAAGACCUUUGGGCACUGUUAGCAUCCUUAAAGACCUUUGGGCACUGUUAGCAUCAUUAAAGACCUUUGGGCAGUGUUAGCAUCAUUAAAGACCUUUGGGAAUUGUUAGCAUCCUUAGAGACCUUUGGGCACUGUUAGCAUCCUUAAAGACCUUUGGGCACUGCUAGCAUCCUUAAAGACCUUUGGGCACUGUUAGCAUCCUUAGAGACCUUUGGGCACUGUUAGCAUCCUUAAAGACCUUUGGGCACUGUUAGCAUCAUAAGAGACCUUUGGGCAGUGUUAGCAACAUUAGAGACCUUUGGGCACUGUUAGCAUCCUUAGAGACCUUUGGGCAGUGUUAGCAUCAUUAAAGACCUUUGGGCAGUGUUAGCAACAUUAGAGACCUUUGGGCACUGUUAGCAUCCUUAGAGACCUUUGGGCACUGUUAGCAUCAUUAAAGACCUUUGGGCAGUGUUAGCAACAUUAAAGACCUUUGGGCACUGUUAGCAUCCUUAGAGACCUUUGGGCAGUGUUAGCAUCAUUAAAGACCUUUGGGCAGUGUUAGCAUCAUUAAAGACCUUUGGGCGGUGUUAGCAACAUUAAAGACCUUUGGGCAGUGUUAGCAUCAUUAAAGACCUUUGGGCAGUGUUAGCACCAUAAGAGACCUUUGGGCAGUGUUAGCAUCCUUAGAGACCUUUGGGCAGUGUUAGCAUCAUUAAAGACCUUUGGGCAGUGUUAGCAUAUUAGAGAUUUUUCAGGAGUGUUAGCAUCAUUAGAGACCUUUCGGCAGUGUUAGCAUCAUUAGAGACCUUCGGGCAGUGUCAGCAUCAUUAGAGAGAUUUGGACAGUGUAGCAUCUUUAGAAACCUUUGGGCAGCGUUAGCAUGAGCGGAAACAUGUGAGCAGUAUUAGCAUCACUGGAGACCUGUGAGUAGCAUUAACAUCACUGGAGACCUGUAAGCAGUAUUAGAAUCACUGGAGACCUGUGAGUAGCAUUAACAUCACUGGAGACCUGUAAGCAGUAUUAGCAUCACUGGAGACCUGUAAGCAGUAUUAACAUCACUGGGGACCUGUAAGCAGUAUUAGAAUCACUGGAGAUUAUUGAGCCCUAUUAGCAUCACUGGGGACCUGUGAGCAGUGUUAGCAUCACUGGGGACCUGUGAGCAGUGUUAGCAUCACUGGGGACCUGUGAGCAGUGUUAGCAUCACUGGGGACCUGUGAGCAGUGUUAACAGCACUAGAGGCUCAAGCGAAGCAUCAUGAGCGCAGUGGUUCUCAACCUUCCUAAUGCCGCCAAUCUUUAAUACAGUUCUACAUGUUGUGUUGACAACCCCCCCCCCCAAACAAACCAAUAGAAUUAUUUUCGUUGCCUCAUAAAUAUUUGUUUUCCGAUGGUCUUAGGAGACCCCUGCGUAAGGGUCGUUACGCAGUGGUUCUCACCCUUCCUAAUGCCGCCAACCUUUAAUACCGUUCUACAUGUUGUGUUGACACCCCCCCCCCCCCCCAAACAAACCAAUAGAAUUAUUUUCGUUGCCUCAUAAAUAUUUGUUUUCCGAUGGUCUUAGGAGACCCCUGCGUAAGGGUCGUUCGACUCGCAAAGGGGUCACCACCCACAGGCUCGGAACCGCUAGUUAAGUGAACGAACCACGAAAACCUGUGGCCUAGAAGCCUUUGGGUUUCCUGGUGGGUCACUUAAAUGACUAAAGACAAUCCCCAGUUAAAGUGCGUCACAAACAUUGCUCAGUAUUUCUUGGAUUGGACAAAAUUUUAAGUGCAUCACAAAAGAUGCUGAUUAGAUCACUUAAGAUGUAUGGUAAAUAAUUAGUAAGCAGGAGUUACCUAAGAGAAGAAUGACAUUUGUGUUCUACCCAAUGGGCAAAACUAAUGACGCAUGUUAAUAUCCAAUAAGGGAAUAUCAAUUUUAUUUUUUGUCAAAUUUGCCUCAAAUUUUCGUCAAAUAUCUCUUUUUAAAAGGAUUAUAUUGUAAAACAAAAAAGAAUGUGCGCUCUAAAAGAAAUUUGACGACAAUUGAAUCAUGUGAACUGGCCGUAAGCGUCCAACAAUUCGUGUCCAAUUAAGAGCGUCAAAGACUUAUCAUCCAAUUUUUAACGUCCAACAUUUAGAGUCAAAAAUUAUCCUCAAACACUUAUCGUCCAAUAAUUAGCCUCCAAGGCUUAGCGCCCAACAAUUGACGUCCAACAUUUGGCCCCAACACUUGACGUCCAACAUUUGGCGUCCAACAUUUGACGUCCACCAUUUAGCGUCCAACAUUUGACGACCAACAUUUGACUUUGACGUCCAACAUUUGACGUCCAACAUUUGGCACCCAACAUUUGGCGCCCAACAUUUGGCACCCAACAUUUCGCACCCAACAUUUGGCGCCCAACAUUUGACGUCUAACAUUCGACGUGAUCUGACAUUGGUGGACACACCGCUGUUAACAAGAUAAAAUAUUUGGGUGGUUCUGUUUGCACGUUCGGUCCUUCUUGAAGUAAGAUUAAAUCGCUUACUGUCCUUGAGCUGCACGUGUUGCGUCCUAACUGCUAUGGCUGAAUGUCUUGUCCUCCAAAUUGUCAUAAGAUUUUUCCUUGUUUUUAACUUGUCAUGGAUGUCAACCGUAUUGUCCACAGAUGCCAAGCUGGCACAGGUCUCUGCACGGUGGACAAGGCACACAGGAACCAGUGCCAGGCGUGCAGACUCAAGAAGUGCAUCCAGAUGGGCAUGAACAAAGAUGGUGAGACGGUGCUAGUCUUGUCUCGUGUCUUAGUCCUGUCUCGUGGCUUAAUCCUGUCCCAUGUCUUAGUCCUUUCUCGCGUCUUUGUCCCUCUUAUGACUUAGUUCUGUCUCAUGUCUUAGUCCUGUCUCAUAUCUUAGUCCUUUUUCGCGCCUUAGUCCUGUGUCAAACGAAUCUCACGUAAUCGUUUUGUCUUCUUGGAGAAUACCCUUCGUCCUGCCCAAUACACUGUCCCAUCAAUUGAUUAUCAAGCAUAUGCACCACAUACUGCCAGUUUUGUUCUCCACACACAUUUGUUCUGCCCAUAUUUAGGGGAGUCCAACACAUCCAUCCCCACACCCUAAUAGGGUGUCACACAUAAGUCCCACCCAACACCUAGGACACGCCCCGCACCUAGGUCAGGCCUCACAAAUAGGACACGCCCUACACCUAGGACACGCCCCACACCUAGGACACGCCCCACACCUAGGACACGCCCCACACUUAGGACACGCCCCACGCCCAGGACACGCCCAACACCUAGGACACGCCCCCACACCUAGGAAACGCCCCACACCUAGGACAUGCCCCACACCUAGUACACGCCCCCACACCUAGGACACGCCCCCACACCCAGGACACGCCCCACACCUAGGACACGCCCCACACCCAGGACACGCCCCACAUAUAGGACACGCCCCACACCCUCGACACGCCCCGCCCAGUAUCUUGCAGUGUUGUUUCUCUUCUUCUCACCCAAGUUGUUUCCCUGUCCCGUCCAGCCGUCCAGAACGAGCGACAGCCCAGGAACACGGCCCAGGUCAGAGAGGACCAGAUCGAGCAUGAGCUCGAGCAUCCGUUAGUGCCGUCCAGCGCCACGGUCAGUGCCACUCACCCUGCCUUCAGCCCAGGGGCAGGUCACAGGUUCAUGGCCAGUCUCAUGACCGGGGACUCUGGGAACGGUAAAAUGGAUCAGGAGGAACCAGGUACUUUAACUCUACAGUUACUGUUAGUCUUAAAGUUGUUUUUUUUGUUGUUGUUUUUUUUGUUGUUUUUUGGGUGGGGGGGUGGUGUUGGACCCUAUUGCCCCCUUUAUGCAAAGGGUGGGGGGGGGUGAAUAUAAAAUAAUAUAAAUAGGAUGGUCUUCUUUUUUUUUUUUUCCGUCCACAUUUGAAGGCAACCAAAGGAUUGUUUGAUAUAAUAUAUUGACCGCUUCUCCUAAUCCUUCGGAGGUAAAAAAUGGUGGGGGUAGAGCGGGGGGGGGGUGUCUAUACAUUAUAAUGUAAGUAAUGAUGAAGAGUGAACACUAUAUUAUACUCUAUAUUGAUAGACUCAAGUCUUGAGUCCAAUCUUUGACCAGCAUAUUUCAUUUCCCCACACCCUUAGGUGAUGAAAAUAUCGAUGUGACCAGCGUGGAGUCCGAGCCCCAUCACGCCCCCAGCCACCACCCUCCCCAGCACCCCGGAUUGUUGUACACAGAGAGUGCCAUCUACCCUCCAGGUCACGAGACGCUGUACGAGUGCUCGGCCAGACUGUUGUUUAUGGCCGUCAAGUGGGCCAAAAAUUUACCAUCGUUUGCCAAUUUACCUUUCAGAGACCAGGUGAGGGAUGAAUAUAUAUUUUAAUGAGGAAAGAAAGAAAAGAAAAAGAGAAAAGUAAAUGAAAGAUACACAUUUUUUUCUUCAAAUUUUAAAUUAUUUCUCUCAGAGAUGAACUUCUAAAUAUUCUUGUGUAUGACAGAAUAAACAUGAAGUUAUGUUUAAGAGUUCAAUAAAGGGAGUAACGUGGAAUUAUUUGAUUUAUUUCAUCGUGGAAUAAAAUCUGAAUUCACUUGAAGUUCGAACCGUACUGAACUAAUCAUGUCUCUCGUGACAUGGUUGAACAUUGCCUUGAUUGUUUCCCUUGGUGAUUACAAACCUUUACUGAAUGAUGACAUAACAUGUGAACCAGGAAACCUUUUAAUACCUUUAUGAGCUUAAUAGUUGACAUGAUGACAUAACACUAACCAGUUCAGAUGACAUAGGUUAGCAAUGGUUAAUGCCACAAAUGCUCAUGCCAUGUGAAGCAGACAAGUUUGUUUGAUGCCCUUAUGAGCUUAAGGGUUGACAUGAUGACAUAGAUUAGCAAUGGUUAAUACCACAAAUGCUCAUGCCAUGUGAACCAGACAAGUUUGUUUGAUGCCCUUAUGAGCUUAAGGGUUGACAUGAUGACAUAGGUUAGCAAUGGUUAAUGCCACAAAUGCUCAUGCCAUGUGAAGCAGACAAAUUUGUUGGAUGUCCUUAUGAGCUUAAGGGUUGACAAGAUGACAUAGGUUAGCAAUGGUUAAUGCCACAAAUGCUCAUGCCAUGUGAACCAGACAAAUUUGUUGGAUGCCCUUAUGAGCCUAAGGGUUGACAUGAUGACAUAGGUUAGCAAUGGUUAAUGCCACAAAUGCUCAUGCCAUGUGAAGCAGACAAGUUUGUUGGAUGCCCUUAUGAGCUUUAGGGUUGACAUGAUGACAUAGGUUAGCAAUGGUUAAUGCCACAAAUGCUCAUGCCAUGUGAAGCAGACAAAUUUGUUGGAUGCCCUUAUGAGCUUAAGGGUUGACAUGAUGACAUAGGUUAGCAAUGGUUAAUGCCACAAAUGCUCAUGCCAUGUGAAGCAGACAAAUUUGUUGGAUGCCCUUAUGAGCUUAAGGGUUGACAUGAUGACAUAGGUUAGCAAUGGUUAAUGCCACAAAUGCUCAUGCCAUGUGAAGCAGACAAAUUUGUUGGAUGCCCUUAUGAGCUGAAGGGUUGACAUGAUGACAUAGGUUAGCAAUGGUUAAUGCCACAAAUGCUCAUGCCAUGUGAACCAUACAAAUUUGUUGGAUGCCCUUAUGAGCUUAAGGGUUGACAUGAUGACAUAGGUUAGCAAUGGUUAAUGCCACAAAUGCUCAUGCCAUGUGAACCAGACAAGUUUGUUUGAUGCCCUUAUGAGCUUAAUGGUUUAGGGUUAGAUGAGUUCACGUUGUGCAGUGUUGCGGCGUGAUUCAGGGCGCCAGAAUGUAAUCGAAAUAAUAGAUGUCAGAGGGGCACCCAGAUUUCAAUGGGGCGAGACGAAAAAAAAAAACAACUGUGUUCAGUUAAGUUGUGUUCCAGUUGAAUACCUCGCAUUGUGACGAGGCCGCCCGUGGAUCCAGACCCCAGAAUGUCAUCGAACAUAAACUCUUUUGGCUCUAUGAUUUAGAUUAACGGCGGAUUUUUACAAGGAGACUGAGAUGAGUGACGGGUAGAUAAAAAGAUAUUAAAUCAUUCAAUUACUUUAACAAGUCUAUAAUCCGGAGCGUCGAAAAUCCGAUUACUUAAUCCAGGGGUCGCUGAAUAUGUUUAGCCAUUACCCCAAAAUAAUAUUUGUUUUUAUACUUUGACGUUACCCUUAAUUUGAAAGAAAUGAAAUCAUGGCUUUUUUAAAAUUUAAAUUCCAUAAUGGUUUAUUGAAAUUCUUCACAUGAAGAAUAAAAAAACAGUGCAAAAUAUAUUCAGUAAAAUGAAAUCCUCAUUAUGAAAAAUAACAAUAUUUAAAAAAAAAUCUCCACUUCAAAUUAUGAUGAAAGGAUAUUUCAUUUUUAUAACUCACAUCAGGAUUGGGGCUCUUUUAAAUCAGAGAAAUUUUGAUACCUUUUUGGGGUCUAAAUAAUUGAUUUCUGUGUUGUUUAUUUUACACACACUUGAUGGUUUUUUUUUUGUUGUUUUUUUAAUGUUUAUUUGAGAGGACAAUAUUUGUUCGCAAAUGUGGGCAGGUUGGUUGAUGAAAAAGGCAGGAACUUUUUGAUUGCCUCCGUGUGAGUAAUUUUGAGAACCUCUGGAUCUCUUGACGUUUUGAGACGUAGUGUUAUUAGGAGUGCGGCGUGCGGACUACACCUGGGAUACAGCCUCACAUGGAUAUACACCCUCACAUGGAUAUACACCCUCACAUGGAUAUACACCCUCACAUGGAUACACACCCUCACAUGGAUAUACACCCUCACAUGGAUAUACACCCUCACAUGGAUAUACACCCUCACAUGGAUAUACACCCUCACAUGGAUAUACACCCUCACAUGGAUAUACACUCUCACAUGGAUAUACACCCAAGCAGGGGGUUGACACCCACACAGUUCUGGUAUACACCCUCACAGUGGGUGGAAAACAAAUGAAAGUAUAUUUGAAAGAGCUUGAUAAAGGUGGUUUCAUAACACAUCUAAUUAAUAGAAGAGUAGAGUAAUCACUUGUCACAAGUGUAGGCUGACACCUGUCACAAGAGUAGGGUGUCACUUGUCACCAGUGUAGGCUGACACCUGUCACAAGAGUAGGGUGUCACUUGUCACCAGUGUAGGCUGACAUCUGUCACAAGAUUAGAGUAUCACCUGUCACAAGUGUAGGGUAUCACCUGUCACAAGUGUAGGGUGUCACUUGUCAUCAGUGCAGGCUGACACCUGUCACCAAGGUAGGUGUCACCUGUCACCAAAGUAGGGGGACACCAGAGUCAGUUACCAUAAGAGCAGGGUGUCACCAGAGCAGGCUGACUCGGAGGAGGUCCACGGAGGGGUUUUGAUGAGGUGACACCAUGAUUUUACUCAUUUGGGUGGAACCAAUUCAAGUGACGCCACUGGGAGUAAGAUACAAUUUUCGAAAACGGCGUACACAAGACGAGACGUGAGAGGUUGCCGCCGAGCCACGAGUAACAAAAAGGUAUUGGGUGCGUUUGGCCAUUACACGGGCCAGAUGUAGUAUUGCCCCCCCAAAAAUUGUAUAUAUAAAAAACCGCUGUGAAUACAAUUGUAUUUAUGUCUUUUGAGUCCUCACUUCCCCCCGCCCUUUUUUUCACACGACCCUGAUCAUCAGCGUGUGUCUUGAGACACGUUCGUUUGACUGAUGCACUUAUCUCGUAUCCUUUUGCGUUGGACCAUUCAGUUUCUCUCAUUCCAAAUGAUCUCUUCUGGCAUAUUACAAACACUCAAAAAAACAAAUCGCGCUUCAAACAAGGGGAGGUGUCCAUGAUCCAGGAGAAAAACAAAAGACUAGAACUCCGCCAAAAAAACAAGACUCUGUUCAAAAUGAAAACUGACACUCAAGAACUAAACAAUUAUUCGACGAAAGUUUUGCUACAGACUAAUUUUUAAGGAACAAAGGAACAACGAUUUUCAAUGCUGAAAAAAAAUAUGUACGAUGAAUGCAUUUUUUUUUUAUCUCUAUUUAUUUAGAUCAAUAAAAGUAUCUUAUAUUAUCUUAUCAUUAUCGUAUCUUAUAGUAUCUUAGAAUAUCAUAUCGUAUCUUGUAUUAUCUUAUCAUAUCGUAUCUUAUAUUAUCUUAGAAUAUCAUAUCGUAUCUUAUAUUAUCUUAGAAUAUCAUGUCGUAUCUUAUAUUAUCUUAUCAUAUCGUAUCUUAUAUUAUCUUAUCAUAUCGUAUCUUAUAUUAUCUUAGAAUAUCAUAUCGUAUCUUGUAUUAUCUUAUCGCCCCCAACAGUUCCAUUCCUGUUGACUGUAUUACGUCACUCUUUCCAUAGGUGAUUCUUCUGGAAGAGGCUUGGAGCGAACUAUUUUUACUGUGUGCCAUUCAAUGGUCGAUGCCCAUGGAGGCGUGCCCACUGUUCGUCAUUCCAGACCACAUGCCCCUGAUGACCAACAGUAAAGUGUCCCCCUUCUCGGACAUGCGCAUUCUCCAGGACGUGAUGACCCGCUUUAAGUCGGUUCAGGUUGACCCGGCCGAGUUCGCGUGUCUCAAGGCCAUUGUCCUGUUUAAAUCUGGUAAGGGCGAGCAGACGAUAUUGUUAUUGAAUUAUCAUUUUAGUCUCAAGCGUGCUCACCAUGAACGUUAAGAUUUAUAGCCAAGAUUUUCAUAUCUGAUAAUAUAAAUGGCUGUUUUCAAUGCAUGUAAGCUUGGUGAUGUCACACGCGGAUAUUGUAAAUGACUUGCUGACGUUAUAUGCCAUCAUUGUAAAUGCCUUGUUGACAUCACAAGCCGUCAUUGUAAAUGCCUUGUUGACAUCACAAGCCGUCAUUGUAAAUGCCUUGUUGACAUCACAAGCUGUCAUUGUAAAUGACUUACUGAUGUCACAAACCGUCAUUUUAAAUGACUUGCUGAUGUCACAAGCAAUCAUUGUAAAUGACUUGUUGACAUCACAAGCCGUCAUUGUAAAUGCCUUGUUGACAUCACAAGCCGUCAUUGUAAACGCCUUGUUGACAUCACAAGCCGUCAUUGUAAAUGCCUUGUUGACAUCACAAGCCGUCAUUGUAAAUGCCUUGUUGACAUCACAAGCCGUCAUUGUAAAUGCCUUGUUGACAUCACAAGCCGUCAUUGUAAAUGACUUGUUGACAUCAUAAGCCGUCAUUGUAAAUGCCUUGUUGACAUCACAAGCCGUCAUUGUAAAUGCCUUGUUGACCUCACAAGCCGUCAUUGUAAAUGCCUUGUUGACAUCACAAGCCGUCAUUGUAAAUGACUUACUGAUGUCACCAGCCGUCAUUUUAAAUGACUUGCUGAUGUCACAAGACAUCAUUGUAAAUGACUUGUUCUGUCACGAGUUGCCGUUGCAAAUGACUUGGUGAUGUCCCAAGCCGUCAUUGUAAAUGACUUGCUGAUGUCACAAACCGCCAUUGUAAAUGGCUUGCUGAUGUAACAAGCCGUCAUUGUAAAUGACCUGUUAUUGUCACGAGCCAUCAGUGUAAAUAACUUGCUGACGUCAGCUAGUCAUUGUCAAUGACUUGCUGAGGUCACAAGCCGCCAUUGUAACUGACUUGCUGAUGUCACAAGCCGUCAUUGUAAAUGACUUGCUGACGUAACGAGUCGUCAUUGUAACUGACUUGCUGAUGUCACAAGCCGUCAUUGUAAAUGACUUGCUGAUGUCACAAGCCAUCAUUGUAAAUGACUUGCUGAUGUCUCAAGCCGUCAUUGUAAAUGGCCUGUUGAUGUAAAAAGCCAUCAGUGUAAAUGAUUUGCUGACGUCACAAGCCGUCAUUGUAACUGACUUGCUGAUGUCACAAGCCGUCAUUGUAACUGACUUGCUGAUGUCACUAGCCGUCAUUGUAAAUGACUUGCUGAUGUCACAAGCCGUCAUUGUAAAUGACUUGCUGAUGUCACAAGCCAUCAUUGUAAAUGACUUUCUGAUGUCACAAGCCGUCAUUGUAAAUGAACUGCUGAUGUCACAAGCUGUCAUUGUAAAUGACCUGUUGACGUCACAAGUCAUCAGUGUAAAUGACUUGCUGACGCCACGAGCUGUUGUUGUCAAUGACUUUCUGACGUCACGAGUUGUCAGUGUAAAUAACUUGCUGACGUCACGAGCUGUCAGUGUAAAAGACUUGCUGACGUCACAAACUGUCAGUGUAAAUGGAUCUUUAAAUGGAUCAGGAAUAUCAUAGGAAAUAUUUAAGUACUUUGAGGUUAUAUUUGGAAUACGUUAUUAGCUUUCGUUUCAGCUGAAAUGUUCAAAUACAUUGUUUGACCGUUUCUAUUCCAGACACUCGGAGUCUGAAGGACCCGCACCAAGUGGAGAGCUUGCAGGAUCAGGCCCAGGUCAUGUUGGGUCAACACAUCCGUGGACAACACCCGACACAACCCUUCAGGUGUGGGGGGGGGGUCGUCAUUAAUCGUUAACAUCUUUGUUAAGUCCAGCCUGCUCAUCCACAACCGUUUCAUUAAGAUCCCACUCAUCCAUAGCUCUCUCAUCCACAUCCCACUCAUCCAUAGCUCUCUCAUCCACAUCCCACUCAUCCAUAUCUCUCUCAUCCACAUCCCUCUCAUCCAUGUCUCUCUCAUCCACAUCCCAUUCAUCCACAUCUCUCUCAUCCACAUCCCUCUCAUCCACAUCUCUCUCAUCCACAUCCCACUCGUUCAUAUCUCUCUCAUCCACAUCCCACUCAUCCAUAUCUCUCUCAUCCACAUCCCUCUCAUCCAUACUCUCUCUUCCACAUCCCACUCAUCCAUAGCUCUCUCAUCCAUAUCCCACUCAUCCAUAUCUCUCUCAUCCACAUCCCACUCAUCCAUAAGUCUCUCAUCCACAUCCCACUCAUCCAUAUCUCUCUCAUCCACAUCCCACUCAUCCAUAUCUCUCUCAUCCACAUCCCACUCAUCCAUAUCUCUCAUCCACAUCCCAAUCAUCCACAUCUCUCUCAUCCACAUCCCUCUCAUCCACAUCUCUCUCAUCCACAUCCCUCUCAUCCACAUCUCUCUCAUCCACAUCCCACUCAUCCACAUCUCUCUCAUCCACAUCCCUCUCAUCCAUAGCUCUCUCAUCCACAUCCCAUUCAUCCACAUCUCUCUCAUCCACAUCCCUCUCAUCCACAUCUCUCUCAUCCACAUCCCAUUCAUCCACAUCUCUCUCAUCCACAUCCCUCUCAUCCAUAGCUCUCUCAUCCACAUCCCAUUCAUCCACAUCUCUCUCAUCCACAUCCCUCUCAUCCAUAUAACUCUCAUCCACAUCCCUCUCAUUCAUAUAACUCUCAACCACAUCCCGCUCAUCCAUAUAACUCUCAUCCACAUACUGCACAUCCAUAUCUCUUUAAUCCACAUCUCAAAUUCUCAUAUAUUUUUUACAAACACAACCAAAGUUAAAUUAAUUCUAUGCUAACCACUUGAACAGGACAACGUUGUACUUGUCUUCCGGUUCACUAACCCCACCAAUGCUCUCUCCCCUCAGGUUUGGCAGACUCCUUCUGGUGCUCCCUACACUACGCUACGUGCCAUCAGACAGAAUCGAGAGACUGUUCUUUGGCAGGACGAUAGGCAACACGCCGAUGGAGAAGCUACUGUGUGACAUGUUCAAAAGUUGAACACACAUCAAGGAUGAACUUCUUAUGCUGUGUAUGGGGCUAAAAGACGUGGCGAGCUAGGGCGUUCUUUACGGAGUGCUACGUCAUACUUUUGAGAGUGCUACGUCAUACUUUUGAGAGGGCUACGUCACUCCUUAGGCGCUCUACGUCAAUUUCAACAUAAGUUAUGGCGUGCUACAUUCUUCACAUGAUCAGAAGAACGAGUUUUUGUUAACAUUUCAGAAGAAAGCACCAGUUGAUGGUGCUUCUUUGGUUGUGACUGAUCUGUCUAUGAUCCUAACGUGUGACCCCUAGGUUGCGAUGAUCUAUCUAAUGUUGGGAUCCCCAAAGUCGAGAUGAUCUUUAUAGGAUCCACACAUGUGACCCCAAAGUUCAGAUGAUCUUUCUAGGCAUCUAACUUAUGACCCCAAAUUUGAGAUAACCAAAAAAGAUCACGCUACUCAAGAAGAAGUCGAAAAUUGAACACCGAUCAUUGAACACCGAUCAUUGAACACCGAUCAUUGAACACCGAUCAUUGAACACCGAUCAUUGAACACCGAUCAUUGAACACCGAUCAUUGAACACCGAUCAUUGAACACCGAUCACGAUUGUCUUAGAAGGCACGGUCUAGAUGUUUAAAAACGAGUAUAACACAUUUAGACCGAUUCGUGUGUAACUAGACACAGUUAGUCUUGAUGUGUAACCUGACAAACUUAGACUGAGUCAUGUGUAAAAAGAAACACUUAGACUGAGUAAUGUUUACCAAGACACACUUAGUCUGCUUCAUGUGUAGCCAGACACACUUAGUCUGCUUCAUGUGUAACCAGACACACUUACUCUGUUUAAUGUGUAGCCAGAAACACUUAGUCUGCUUCAUGUGUAACCAGACACACUUACUCUGCUUAAUGUGUAACCAGACACACUUGGACUGCUUCAUGUGUAAUGCACUCUUCAACAGUCAGAUUGUUUUACCGAAGUCCUUGUGAAAUACUACAACAACAGUGACAUAAGCUUAGUCCAUAUAACCUAAGAACUCUCUUCACCACUGACAGACCUUCUGCCCACAGUUCUAUGAUGUCCGUGCCGUAUAGUUUUUAUUUGUAGAAACCUCACACCUCACUUGACAAAUGGUGAAUAUCUUAAAGUAAAAUGUAAGUUCAUACAGAUGUACAAAUGUAUAUAAAUAUGUACAAUAUACAUGUUUGAAUAUAUAUCAU